AUGAGUGAUCAUUUGAAACCUAAAUCGCCGCGAAAACGACGUAAUCGGCAUCGAUAUCGGCGUCGGCAGGCUGGCCGAGCGACUUCCGUUUCUGGCGAAAGUGGUGUUCCAACGAUAGCAGAAUCAACAACGCCACCCGCAAUAGAAGCAUCAUCUUCGGUCCAAACAGUCCGCGAGCGACGGCGUCCCAAACCUAAACUUGAUCCAAACUUUCUACAGGAGGAAACUCAAGUUAAAACAUCAAUAGAAUUAUUAAACGACACAACAGCUGAUGUUAGCAGUGGAAAGCAGCAACUGCACAGGUUGGAUAAAGAAAUUCUCUUUUUUUCGGAUGCCCUACCGGAAGAGGAAUUCUUCGAUGCGGAAGAAAAUCCUGUUGGUGAUAUACCAACCACGAUGGCAAUCUUAUCGAAAACUGUAUCCCAGCGUUCGUCAUCAUCCAACGAAACCGAUACUCCUACCCACCUUGCCUCGUCGUACCUACGAGCUAGUGAGGACACGUCGGUAAUUGUGCGAUGGAAUAUGCAAAAAUACAAAACCAUCGAUCAGGAUCUGGUCUACUAUCAGCCUAGUUCAACAUUUUCCGCCUCCCGAACGGUCCUGGAGGAGGUAUGCGUCAUCGAUGGAGAUGCGAAGGAAAACGAACAAACUAAAGCUGCCACCUUAAGAACGCCGGAAGGUGUUAGCAUUGCCAACAAAAAUCGUCUCAUGAAUCGCCUGAUAGAGGAGGAGCAAGAAGAAUGGUUCGAUGCGUGCGGGGAACUGAUAGGUUUUCAGCAGUAUAUAAAAAGCGACAAACGGAUGCGUGGUUUCUGCAGCAAAACGUUCGUACCGUUCUUCGUGGAGCCAAUGCCGCUGACAAAGACGGUCGAACAACUUCCAAUGGAGCGAACGGUGAAGAUAUUAAUUGGUGUGCUGCGCUUUGAUGCCCAUCCAUCGUUCGAUGAAGCUUUCCGGUUACGGCUCCAGCUGGAACAUUUAUACAAGCAAUACUAUCGAACCCGUAAACUCAACCGCAAGGAGGUGCUUCAGACCAAACUCGAUGAAUUGCGUUCCAAGGGACACACCGUUGAGGUGGAUGAUUUUCAAACGAAAAUGGCACGUCGAGAACUCCGGAAACUCGUGUACCAGGAGGUACGCGCCGAGCGUCUUCUAGCCAAGCAAAUCAUGGAGCUGUGGGAUGAACUAGAAACGAAACAGCUUGACUGUGGACUAAAGAUGACCGCCAACAGUCAAGAUACGGACGAGGAUCGAGAUGGUAGCGAGUGGCAUGAACGAUUCGAGCUGGAGCUUCGGGAGACACUCGAGGAAGAGCAUGAAAUCUACGUUCGCGACAAACAGGAGUACAAGGCAUAUCUGCGCGAUCUGGCACUCGAUCAGCCGCCGGAUAUUGAAACCGACCCUAGGCCAUCAUUACAAAAACCCAAAAAGCCAGAUAUAUCAAUGCUCAGACAGCAAUUUCGUGUACAAUUCGAAGAAGCAUUCCGAGCUCCUGGAGAGCCGCUAUUAAACAUUGUCCUUCAGCGCGACCCGGACGCUACGAUCGAUGACAGCGUGCACAUGGGCAAGGAUUUGCUGUUCAAAGUGAAACUGUUCAUCGAUGGAAAUCACGUGGCAUCGACGAAAGGGCGCCAUUUCCAUGGAGACGCUUCGACGCUGGUCGAUUUCAACACUUCCUUCUCGAUAAAGCUAACUACAAAAAUACCGGAAAACAUGGCACUCGUUCUUUUUGAAAAAAACCGCUUAGGUAUGAAGAGUAGGCGAGCGGAAAUAUUUAUCCCUCUGCCUAGCACAAACGAGCUAUACGACGAGAUGGCCCCGGUGGAAUAUCAGUUCUCGAGUGGAAAACCAUACAAGUUGCAAACGUAUGCUAACGGUACGGUCGAGCUGAAGAUUGGUUGGCUGGAGCAAGCCGAUGGCUGCAUUUUUCCUAGCCCGAGUCAGCGCAGAACGGUACCUAGACGGGUUAUACUGCCGAAAGAGUUGGUACGUCGGUGGUUCGAUGAUCAGGCGUUGGACCAACCCAGCGAUGAGCUGCCUGCCGGUAACAUUCUACUGCAUGCUCUGCGCGAGGAAUCGGACAAUCGUUCGGAGAAUCAACAGGAUGUUUCAAACAGGACUACCGACGAUCAAGAGGCAUUUUGUUUUAACGAAGAUUUGCUAACCUUUUGCUCCGAAGAAUCGAUAGAGCAAAAUGAACGGCUUCAGAUGUUGACUAAGCGGUUCAACAGCAGUCUCAAGUUCCGCGACGCCAAAUUCAUCCCGCAGAGUGAACGGGAACUAACCUUCGCUUCCCGAGAAGAGGAAGAGCAAAGGAAAAUUAUCGACGAAACGCUCGGUACCGAUCCGAUCGAUCUGCAGCGGCAUCGAGGUAAGCGAUACCUGCAGCAGGUCUACGACAUCAUCAGUAACCACUGCCGGGUGUUGAACCAGGAUAAGGUGAAUAACAGUAACCUGCUGGUGGGCGGAGAUCAGAUGCUCUCGUUCGGCGCGCUAAGCAUGGCCUUUUGGGAGAUAUUUGGCCCCCGGCGUCCACUGAAACCGUCCCGCCGGUCACCGAACGUGCGCGCAUCGCUACGCCCCUGCGACGUAACGCAGUUCAAAAUCAUUGUAACGGUCGUGCGCUCGUUCGGUAUACCGAUGCGUACGGAGGACUAUCAAUCGAUGGUGUCCGCUGGACGACGAAAUAGUAACAUGUCUUCGACGAAUGGCCGCUUUUCUUUUCGCACCUCCAACGUACGUCCGUACAUUACGGUGUCGAUAAAGGAUCGUGUCCUGAGGACUUCCACGGCGGACGGCACGGCACCAACUUGGAAUGAGCAAUUGGAGCUCCCGCUGGAUUUCAACACCGAUCAAAUACGCAAACACCUGCACAUCGAUCUGUACGACGAGUAUAUGGAGGAUCUGCUCGAGGAUGAUCGAACUCGGCCAACAGAGGUGUAUCAGCGUAUUUCCAGCCGAUGGCUUGGCCAGCUGCGAAUUCCAAUCAGUACGAUCUACCUGAACCAACGGCUGGAGGGGACUUUUGAAAUAAAAACGCCACCGAUCCUUUUCGGUUACGACAGGCAACAACAGGCUCAAGCAACGGAUAUCCCGGAAGGGUAUGGGCUCUCGGUUGGCACCAGUGCAAGCGGACUACCGGAUCUGCGCGAACUAACCCACGUGUCCCUGUUUAUUAGUCUCGAACCGUUAAUCGAAAAACCGACGCUUGAUACGGGGGGUUUGGAGUGCGUCGAAUUGGAGCAGAUUCGGAUGCGGAUCUACCUAUGGUACGCCGAGUAUAGGCACGAAUUUCCAGCGAGAGCUGUUGUGCCACCGAUGGUAACGUUGCUUGGUGGGAAGCGUAUAUGUGCGACGCGACUGCUAGGGCCUCUGCCCAUACCGUUUGCGAUCGACGAGAGAACGGAAAUUAUGAUCAGACGCUAUGUGUCCUUAAUCCCCGUGCACCACAGUGUUGAUCCGUGCUCACAAUUAGGUGGCGUAUGGCUAACGAAUAAGGAAAUCGUCACCAUGAUGUGCGCUUCACCGAAGGACCUCGGUGUAAUGUUGACGUGCUUUUACCUUCAGCUUGGCUACGAUGUUUGGCUCAUCUUUGGCAACAGUGUACUCAUGGGGGAUACCACAUUUGUUUUGCUGCUGGAUGGUGGCGAAUUCUUCAUCGUCGACCCGUGCAGUGGCAAAAAGUACAGCAGCACCGAUACAUACUGUCCGCUCAGUCGGAUCUACUUGAUGGUGAACCAGACCAACGUCUGGGGAAACAUUCAGAAGGAAAACAGAGUGUUUCUCACCCAGUUGGACGUCCGAAAGUCUGGUUACUGGCGCCCACUGUUUAAUCGAUUCAACGAACCACCGAGCGGAUGCGUGCAGGAGGACUCUUUCUCCUACCAGGAUGCACUUCCUUCCAAGGAGCUGCAGCGGUCAAUCGAGCGGAAAUUGAUGAGAAAAAUCGCUUCCUGGCGCACUCAUCGAAAGACGGUUUGGAACAGGUUUAUGAGUGACCAUCUACGUAGCACCUUGAUGAGCCUGGAGCGCGAUGCAUGUGCGGAAGUGAACACGGAACGUUACGCGGAAGAGUUCGCACAAAUGUUCGUCUCGUACAAGGUGAACGGAUUUCCCAUCAAUCUUCCGUACAGCAAUCUCUCAACACUAGUGUCUCAGGUGAAAGGAACAGGAAUACACCUCAAUUCCGAAGCCGGUGUCGAGUUCGCACUGGGCGUUUUUGUAAAGGAUUAUCCGUGUAACGUGUAUUCGAUUUGGGUAUUCCUUAUGUCGCUUGUUCCGAGAGUGUAG